AUGCAAAAGCCCCGCCGACUUCCGGCCGCCCCCGGCGCCCUCGGAAAUGGCGGGCGGACGGGGGGAAGCGGCGGAGGGCUGGAGCGCACGCGCAGCGGAACCUGGAUUGGCGCAGCGGCGCUUAACCCGCAAAAAGAAAAGCUUUCCGCGCUCCGCUCUCCCGGUAGCGCUCCGCCGGCGGCGGAGGACAAGGGCGGCGGGGGAACAGGGCGCGCUGGAGGGGGAGGGCCCCGCCCAGGAUCAGCCGGAAGCGGGAGGGACACGUCCAAGGGGGAAAAGGGGAGAUUCGGCGAGGGAAAAUGGCGGUUCGGCUUUACGUCGCGUCAGGAUGCACGAGCCACGUCGUCGCCGCGCGUCGGGCCGUCCUCUGGGCUGAUGGGGCUGUCUUUAGGCGGCGGCGGCGGCGGUGGCGGCGGCGGGGACGGCCCGUUAAAGCGCAUGGCGCGCAGGAUGUUUCCGCCUGUCCCCGCCCCGGGAAGCAGCAAGAGCAGCUCCCUCUCGCUAGUGGCGGGCUUUGGCGGCUACCGCGCCCUUCGCGGCGGAAGCGGCGGCGCCGCCGCGUCAGGCGCGGCAGCGGGCAGUGGCGUCGCGGGAGGAGGCGCAACUGCUAGUAGUAGUGGAGGCGCGGCGACGGGCGCGCAAGCCGCCGGGGGAGCCGUAAAAACCGAAAUGCUGGCGUUCGAAAUUGGGUGCAUCAUGCGACGCCUCCUAGAAAUCGACGACUCGACGAGCGAGCGCUCUCUGGCCGCGCUUCGAGCUAACCUCCAGGCGCCCGGCGUGGUAACCCUAAUCUCCCCCGACCUGCAGCUCCUGUGGAGCCUGGCCGGCGCGGAAAAGGCGGAGGAAUUGCAGAGCGUGGCGCUACGAGUGGCCGUGCUGGGCCGCAAGUGCCGGCAUCCUAGGCUGCACUCGUUAGGCGAUAUGCUCGACCGACUCACCGCUCCCGCUUCUCCCGCUCCUCCUGCGGUGCGCGCGGUUUCCGCUGCCGCCCCCGCUGGCGGCGUAGCUGGCGGAGGCGGCGCAGGCGGCGCGGGCGGCGCGGGCGGUUCUAGCAGUGCGUCGAGUUCUGGGGGGUUAGGGCGGUUCGCAUGGGCGGGGGGAUUCGCGGGCGCGCGCAGCGGGGUCGCUGCUGCGGGGGCGCCACGGGGAGCGGGCGGCGGCGCAGAAGCCGCGGAGUUGGACUUGGCGCAGUUCACCGCGUCAGCGACGGAAGCUGAGGCGCUGAUGAGGUUCAUGAAGGAGCAGGCGGAGGCGACGGAGCGACUGCGGGCGGAGAUGGAGUCCAUUCAGCAGCUGCACCGACGCAUCCAGGCCUAUGGAGAGUGGAACAAGCUACAGGACAUGGUAGCGCAGGGAAAGGCGAUCGAGAGGCUGCAGUCGCACUGCCUGUGGUCGCUUGACCUCGACUUCCCCGUUCAGCUCCUCGUCGCCGCGCUCUGCCUGCUGCGCGCGCGCAUCCUUGCUGCCUUUGGCCCCGCGCCUGCUGCCCCCCCGCCGCUGUGCGGAGUGUCGCUGGGCGUGUGGGGGCUGGCGCUGCACUAUGCGAAUGUGGUGGUGGUGGUCGAGAGAAUCAUUCAACAGCCGGAUGCGGUUAUGGGCAAGACCAGGGACGAGCUAUACGACAUGCUCCCACGCAGCAUACAGCAUUCCCUGCGCCGCCAGCUGCAGAACCCGGGGAACUUCCUGCCGGACGGGCGAGUGGAGGCGAACCUCAAGCGUGGGCUGCUACUGCUGCCCACCAUGGCGCACAACACCAUCUUCUGGCAGUCGCUGCACACACCGGGGACCAACAUGGGGACGGAUGAAGUCGUCUUUCAAGUGCAGACGUUCUACUAUGCGAAUCGCGAGAGUGUGGAUGCGGCGCUGGUGGACGUGCUGCUGGGGCUGUGCCGCAUAUGCGGAUAUGGGCCGAGCGAGGGGCAGCAGAGGGGGCGGAACUGGUGGGGUGGGGCGGUGGUGCAUGUAUUGGAGGAUAACAGCGGGGCUAGGGAAUGGAGGGAGAAACAGAGGGAGAGACAGAGGGAGAGGGAGCAACAGGGGCAACAGGUUGCUAGGACGGAGAGUGAGAGUGGAGGUGGAGAGAGUGGGAGGGGGGGAGAGAGAGGAGGGAGAGCAGGACGAGAAGCGGGGGAGCGGGGUCUUUCUGCUUCCCAAGGGACAAGCCAAGAUCAUUCUGUUGCAGCAGAAGGAGAGGUGGGGGAUCGAGCGGGUGAGGGAGGGGGACGGGAAGGCGGCAGAUUGCAGAAUUGGCACGGUAAGGCGGAGGAGGGAAAGGAGGGGGAGGAAAAGGCGGAGGAAAAGGAGGGGGAGGAAGAAGAAGGGAAGGAUGGGGAGGCCGCUCCUGAGUAUCUCCCUCCUGAGGCGGUCAGAAGCCACUCUUUGCGACGAACAACUAGCAGUCGAUUCGGAGUGGCAGCAGCAACGCCGCUGCGUCUCAUGUCUGCUGCGCUGACGCACGCAGCAGCGGCUUUCGAAGGCGGCCCUCAAAGAUCGGCUGUUUCAACGCACGCCACCACAGCUGCAGGAGCAGCAGGUGCAGCAGGUGCAGCAGCAGCAGCAGCAGCAGCGGCGGCGGCGGCGGCAACGAGAGGAAGCACGGGGAGAAGCAGCGGCAGGCAUAGAAGGUCUUCCAGCAGAGGGAUACUGUGGCUGGUGGGCGAAGGGAAAGGGAAGGAUUUUGGCGAGGAGGUGCAAGAGGAGGGGUGUGUGGGGAAAGCAGGGGUGGAACGCGGGGAUGGGGAUGUGGAUGGGGAUGGGUGUCAGAAGGGCGGAGGCGGGAAGAGAGGAGGAUUUGGUGGUGGCGUCGUCUCUGGUGGUGUGGAUGGUGACGGGGAGUGUGGUGCGGUUCAGAGCGGUGCAGAGGGUGAUUCGGUGAGUGGGCUUGGCACAGCGAUGGCGAUGAGUGCAGCAGGGCAGCAGUACAUGUACAUUCCUCGCAGUGCCAGCAUGAGCUGUGCCGUACCACCAGCACCACCGUCAUUGUCGUCGCCGUCCCUACACCGCACCUCCUCCUGCUCUACCAAUGCCACGAGCCUUAGUGCUUCCUCCAGCCCGGUCGAGUCUCUUUCUCUCCCCCACGCCGCCCGCGCGACUUUUGAGGCGUCUCAAAACUCCCAAAAGGCGGUGUCGUUGUCGCCCCUGCAUCGCACCUCCUCCUGUGCUACUUCUGCUGUGAGCCUCAGUGCUUCCUCCAGCCUGGCCGAGUCUCUUUCUCUCCCCCACGCAGCCCGCUCGCCCUUCUCCCCGCACUCCCCCCACGUGGUCCACUCCCCCGGCUCGUCGCAUUCGCCGUCUGGCGUGCAGGGCCGACUAGCCCGCUGCUCUCCCUCCCCCUCCCGCACUGCCCUUGGGAGCAGGCCUGUGGGAGCGGCGGGUAGUGAGACGUCUAGAAGAUUGUCUCCCUCCUCCUCCUCCCCCUCCUUGCGCACUCCGCUCGGGAGCAGGCCAGUGGGAGGGGUGGGUACGAUAGCAGUGAAGGUGAUCCCAGUGCAAGGGGCAGGGGCAGGAGCAGUGGCAGGGGCAGGAGCAGUGGCAGGAGCAGGAGCAGGAGCAGGAGCAGGAGCAGGAGCAGGAGCAGGAGCAGGAGCAGGAGCAGGAGCAAGAGCAGGAGCAGGAGCAGGAGCAAGAGCAGGAGCAAGACCAGGAGCAGGAGCAGUAGAAGGAGGAGCUGGGGGUCUGGAGCUAAAGAGUGUGGGGAAAGGGGAGGAAGAGGAGGGAGAUGACUCGGUUUGGGGGUCUAAACUUGGGGGUGGCAGGCGUACUUGUGUUGGUGCUGCUGCCAGCAGCAAUGGCAGCGGUGUUACCUGCGCGACCAGCAGUCCCCGUAGCAGUAACGCUAUCUUAAGUAGCAAUGAUGGUGCGUGUGGGAGCAGCGCUGAGAGGGGCAAGCACAGACGAAUUCCGUGGAUAAUUGAUGGCGGGAAAUAA